UAAGCAACCUUACCUAUGGUACCUACGCAGGAGCGGGUGCGCCCCUGCGGCUGCCUGCCGGCGUGCUCGGGGGCGGCGGCGCGGAAGGACCUGCGCGAGUACCUGCUCACCUCCACGCUGCACGGCCUGCGCUACAUCGGCGAGGGCCGGCUCACCUGGUUCGAGAGAGUAUUCUGGCUGCUAGCCUUCGCGUUCUCCCUAAUCUGCGCGUCGUUCUUCAUCCUGAACAUCUACGACAAGUGGCGCAGCGCCCCCAUGAUCGUGAGCAUCAACCCGCGCAGCCUGCUACUGGCAGACCUCCCCUUCCCGGCCGUCACCAUCUGCAACGUCAACCAGGCCAAGAAGUCCGUGGCGCAUCGGUACAAGGAGACUGGAUCAUCAAAAGACAAGAAGCUGCUGCAGAGCCUGUGCACGUCCAACAACGACACCGCCAUCUUCGACAACAGCACCGACAACGCCGACUGGGAGUACUUCCGCGCCUUCCUCAUCAAUGUGACGCAGCCGUGCAGCGAGAUGCUGGACCAGUGCUACUGGAACGACGAGCGGCAGGACUGCCAGGACCUGUUCAACGCGCAGCUCACGGACGAGGGGCUCUGCUGCACCUUCAACGUCGUGCAUCGCGACAUGAUGUUCCGGAACCCGAAGGACCUGUACGACUUGAACCUGACGUUUCCUCUGCCGGCGGUGGACUGGACGCCGGAGGGCGGCUACCCGCCGGACUCGCCGGAAUCCGGCUUCCCUUGGAGACCCUUAGGAACGGGCACGCACCACGGGCUGACGCUGGUGCUGGACACCAACAUCGACGAGUACUACUGCGGCUCCACCAGCAGCCCCGGGUUCAAGAUCCUGCUACACAACCCGACGGAGACCCCCAAGAUAGCCGCGUACGGGGACAUCUACGGGCCGGGCGCGGAGGCGCGCGUGGCGGUGACCCCGCGCAUACUGGACGCGCAGCCGCAGCUGCAGGCCAUCGACCGCGCCCAGCGCCUCUGCGUGUUCUCCAGCGAGAGGAACUUGACCUUCUACAGAACCUACACGCAACGCAACUGUGAGAUGGAAUGCGAGGCGGAGACCAUGCUGAACACUUGUCAAUGCGUGCAGUACUUUAUGCCGAAAAACCGAUCGACCCGAGUGUGCGGCAAAGCCGAUGCGGAAUGCUACUCAGGAAGAACUCUACCUGGUAACCUCUCGUCCCUCGACUUACUCUUAACCCCUCGUCCGUCGCAGGUAACCGCGAGGAGUCGAGCGGCGGCGGCUGCGGCUGCCUGCCGGCGUGCACGGAGAUCUCGUACAGUGAGCGCCGCAGCUCCGCGCCGCUCAGCAACACGCUCAUCGAGCAGAACCGCUACAUCGGCGAGGAGACGCCCGACUACUUCAAGUAGGGCCAACAUGCUAGUAGUCCACUUCUUCUUUGAAGACAACUCUUUCAUUCGCUACACUAAGGGAGAAAUCUUUGGACUGACUGAAUUUUUAUCGAACACGGGCGGUCUCCUCGGGCUGUGCAUGGGGUUCAGCAUGAUGAGCUUCAUCGAGCUCAUUUACUUCCUGACGCUGAAGGCUCUGUGCGCCACCAUCAAGAGGAAGCCCAGGCCACGACACUUCCCUACCUAAAUUCAUCUUUGCACAUAUUACACUGACGGCUGACAGUUUUCAUUUUUACACUUAUUACAUU